AUGUCUGUCUGUCUGGGCUUUUCCACCGUUCUUUUUCUUUCUUUCUUUCUUUCUUUUUUUCUAUUAUUAGAAGAUUCUUUUUAUUUUUCUAAUUCUUUUUAUAUGAAAAUUGCUUCUUUCUCGGCGUUUCCUGAUCUCUCUGCCAAUAUCUCCAGCCCACCUCCUCACUUCCACUACUUUUUUCCUUUCCUCUGGUUACUUACUCCUUUUCUACAUUUUUUAUUUCCUGUCUUUCUUUUUAGAGUUGUUUUUUUCUUUACUUUUUAUUUUUCCUUCUUUCUUUCUUUCUUUCUUUCUUUCUUUCUUUCUUUCUUUCUUUCUAUUUUCUUUUUUUUUCUUUUGUUUUGCUUUUUUUUUGUUUCACAUUUAUAUUUUUACGCUUCUUUUACCUUCCUUUCCCGCUUUUCUUUUUUCUUUCUUUCACUUUUCCUCUUGUGCAUAUUAAUUUCAUCCUUUUCUUCUGCUCUAUAUAUUCUUUACACAUUUCAUCUUAUUUUUUUCUUCUUUCCCUUCUAA